CAACACCAACAAGCUUUGGAUUAUGAAAUGAUUGCACUGCAAUCAUUGCAGGAAUGAAAACGACAUUCGCAACAGAGAAAUUCGGAAUAUUGAUAGAUGAUGGCUUGCUUGGUAUUGAUCACUAAUACCUUUAAUAAAAUCAAACUAGGGCAUCAACAGAGGACCUAGUUUUCAAUUAUUUUACUCGACACUGCACUUGGAAAUUAUUUACAAAGCUUACAUACCUACUACAUAUCUACUCGCUAUCUCCAAGACUGCAUACAUACAUACACACAUACAUACAUAUACAUACAUACACACACACACACACACAUACAUACAUACAUACAUACAUACAUACAUAACCCUACGGCAUGUACUGCGUUUCAUCCUGAGCCUAAGGGGGAAAGGGAACAAGUCAGUCAGUUCGAGAAGCUGACAAGCCUAGUACGGACUGCCUUGUCGUUAAUUAGCUGCUAGCUAGGUUUCUUAUAUGCGCCAAAAAGUCAAUUUGAUGACUGAAGGGAAGAAAUGUAAGAUCUUACUAUUAUUGUCGGCCUUUUAAUGUCCAAUUGUACUCUGUAUGUUCAAUUGUUUAGUCAGGCUAUCACUUCGGACUCCGUACUUGAAGAUCGGAUACACCGCUGACGACAAGUCAUCUACAAGACGUGAUAUUUAUUACCUUAGUGUUCAAAGUUCAAACGUCGAAGGGGUCCACCGUCCACCUCAAUCCGUCUCCGCCAACACGACCCUGGGGCUUGGGCGAAGAUGAAUUCUUCGUACGAUGAUCUUCUUCCACAUCGGGAUAACUAUGCUUUGACCAUUCUCACUCAAGCGGCUAUGCAAAGAAAUUGUAACAACACCAACGGCCCUCCAUCUAAUAAUUCCGAUUCGCUAUCCAACCCUCACGGUCCUAGCUUCCCGAAUACUAAUAAUAAUAAUCAUGGCAAUAAUGAUAAUAACAAUAGUAAUAAUAACCAUGACUCUAGCAAUAAUGCCGUCUCAACAACCCGGGACGCCAAUUAUCUACCACGUGGAACGCCUAUCACAACGUCAACCCCUUCAUCUAUGAUCACUAAUCAUCCCUCCAAUAUUUCACAAUACACUCUUCAACCUUCACUACCCAACCUCGUUGAAGAUUACACAAGACCUCAUACAGUCAUGGACACACUUGUUUUUAACCCUACAGACCAAUUCUCGCAAAGGGCCUAUAUGAACCAUUCAUUCCAACCAAGAUGUUCUAGUAGUCUGGGUAUUUUGAAUGCAGAGAAGUACGAUGAUGGUAGGGGUUCGUUAGGAUCUCAAACUCGUAAUAUGAUGAGUAUGAAGAAUCAAGUGUCGGAUCAGAUACCAUUUGGAAUCUUGGAAAGAAAUGGAAAUAGUAGUGAUACGGGACCACCAAGUGACGAGCAAGAGCAAGGGAAGAAGCGUAGGAAGAGAGUGAGAAACGAGUCCCCAAGUCUGGAUGAUGACGACGAAGAAGCUCGAAAAAAGGCGAGAGGGAGACCGAGAGUCGAUACUAAGGAUGAAACUGCCGCCGAUGUAAGUUAUCUGUGUUCAUGUAACAUUUUUAUUUGGCAAGAUCUCCUUGUUUUGCACGGUUACAAUAUCAGGGGUAGGAUACUGGCCAGAUACGUUCCUCAGUACUUGACGACAUCAAUAACACUGCUAAUUAUUACCCAGAGGCGGAGAACUCAAAUCCGACUGGCCCAAAGAGCUUACCGUCAUCGCAAAGAGACAACGAUUUCUUCUUUAGAGAAGCAGGUUCAAGAGCUUCGGGGUACAAAUGAAGAGAUGAAUAAUAUAUUUCUCAGCCUUUACGAUUUUGCCAUAAGUCGAGGUCUUCUACAGCGUGAGCCAGAGUUUGGCCAGCAACUUCAAUCGACUACGGAAAGAUUUCUUGCCCUCGCAAAACAGACCGCCAGUGAUGAUAAUUUGAGGGACGAUGUUGAAUCACCAGACAAUACUGCACAUGAGCCUCAUAUUGAGACCAAAUCCUCCUCAAGUCGCCGAAACACUCAACGCUCAUCUCCUCCCAUUUCACUCCCGGAAGAGCCUAUUGUCACCGAGACGACAAAUCCUUGGGGCGGAUAUAUUGUGUCGAAGGAUACAAAUCAUGAGGAAGAAAGGCAGACCGAAUAUAACCAACAGGGCACAAAAGAUUCUAGAAAUUUCGAGGUAAUUAGCAGGGCAACCGAGGAUAAUGCGAGUUUUCCUUUCGACUACAUGAAUCUCCAGCAAUACCGAGUCGAGAUACCUUCUCCUCCUACCAUUGAUGAUUUCUCUCAAUAUCUUUUCCCGGAAGCCCAGGUCCCGCUUCCUACCACCUACUCUUACUUUGAGCUUUCAUUCGCACGUCGAAUGCACCGUGCAGCGGUAGAGGUGGGUUAUCGGUUUCUCACAUUGCCAAAUAUUCCAAAAGAAAAGUUCCAAAAGGUUUUUGGCUAUUGCAUGAAAUAUGAAACCAUGGAGAAUGUUAUAUCACGAUUACAGAGGGUCCUCGGCAGUUCAUCGAAAGAAUCACUCCAGAACUGGCGCGCUCCGUUUGUUCACCUCGGAGGGGCAGGUACAUACUAUCCAAAUCAAGGCCCUGACACUGACAAUGAGUUCAUGCCUAAGUUUCGUACUGGAUUCUCCAUGGGCCCUUUUCCCGCAGCACUUACACCAGUUUGGGAAAAUAUCAGCUCUGAUAUGAAAUGUACUAUUCCUGGCUUUGAAGGUGACUUCUUCGAUCCCAAUGAUGUUGAAGGAUAUCUCAGGGGCUAUGGAUUUGAUCCUUAUCCCGCCGCCGAUUAUAUUACAGGUCAGAUAGAUCUCGAAGCUUUAGUCAAGGCCGACAGUUCAGAGACUGACAGCACUGACUCGAGAUUCCCUCUUACACCUCGGAGUCCGAACGCCUUCGAUGAUGCUAAUCAAGAUGCAUACGACUUUGGUCAUAAUAAUGGCAAUUUAAGCAAGGAUGUUCAAAAUGAUAGCACCUCUUCUCUUUUGAAAUUUUUAUCAUGGGAUGCCAAUACUUUUAAGGGAACUAAUCCCUUCGAUUUAUCCGGUCCGAUAUUUGAUGGUACAGCCGGUUCCAAUCCUGAAAAUGCUCGUCCGACCACUACUCCAAAGAGCAAGAAGCGUACUGUGACCAUUAAAGUCGAUACUCUGAUAAAUGGUAUGUUGUGUAGACAUUGAUAUUUGGACUUGAGCUGAUCAUUAUUUUUAUUUAGAAUUGGCUGUUCAUGCAUCCUGCUUAGGGCGCACUCCUGGAUUCAGGCGAGCCGAUGUUAAUGCUGCUAUUGUUGCUGCAGCAAAAGAAGCUGGAUUUGGAUGAGCCGCGAGUGAACCUGUUUCCUAAAUAGCUGGGGAACCACGAUUUAGCACCUGCCCGAACGCUAUUCAUUAACAUGGAGAUGGCUAACCUGAAAAAUACUUCAUGACGCCUACCAGUUUCGUCUGAACUUAAACCUAUCAAUACGCCCAAGAUCACCUGAAAUAUCGUCUUCAAAUACUUCAGCUUUGGAUUUAUCGCUAUAUGUUUAAUUUACAAGCAUCAAUCACUCUCCACCGGUCGUUUCAUAUAUCGUUUGUUUUCAACAUCUAUUUACCUUGCGAUUCAAAUCCUUACAGCGAAAUUUUACAUUCGCAAUCGCGGAUCAAAGCUAGUACGUCACUUUCCAAAUGAGAUCAUCUCUUGGUGGCAUGCAAACUGAUCAUCUUCAGUACCGACAAACUUAUCAAGGGAGGAGUCCGACACAGCAGUUACGGGUAUGCAUUCGAAGGCCGACUGAGCGUCCAUUGAAAUUGGCAACCCCCUGGAAACUGGGGAAAUGGUUUCAAUCAGCCCGCAAAGUCUCAUAUCCCGGUCACCAUAUCAGGCUACUUUGAUCCCGAGCCACGUGCGUUACAACCAUAUAAGCCUAUUUCCAAUAUUGAUCCUUCAACUACCUAUAUAUAUGUAGCAGAUAUCCGGAGCGGCGAGAUGUCAAUUGAGGACCUUUAGAGAUGCAAAGUAAAAUAUUCUAAAUAUCUGUUAUACAGUGUCUUCUGUAGU